GAACACCUGGACGGCAUCGCCGCGGAGCUGGCGCGCGUGCGCGACGCCAGGGUAGGCCUGGCAAUGGCCAGACGCGAGGGCGUGGAGGAGGCGAUCGCGGCUGUCCAGUCCCGGGCCCUCGACGCGGAGUCGGGGCUCCUCCCGGCCAUGUCUCGGCUCGCCGCCGAGACGGAGGCGAUGCUGGAGGUGGGGCGCCCGCUGGAGCGGCCGGGCGCGGACGCCGCCCUGAGCAGGGUGCCCGCGGGCGUGGUGGCGGGGGCGUGGCGGAGAGCCUUGUCGGCCACCUUCGCG